AUCACUUGUGGAUAGUGAAACGACGCCGCAGUCCACGGUCUAUUCUGCAGUGAGCAGGUACAGCCGCUCCUUCACCUGGAUGCCAAAACAACACGUCUCCCGUUACCCGAGGAUAUUUUCGGUUACGCUGGCUCUGUUUAUAUGAAAUCACAAUAAAACUGUCGUUCUCUUUCUCGAUAUGCACGAUGAGUAUUAGCCAGCCGGUCGAGUAGAGGGUCCCUCACAUCCCACCUGCAGUCAUGAAUGUUGGUUUUAAUAUUUGGGCUAUAACUCCAGAAGAGAGGGGGAAACAUGACAAACAGUUUGACUCUCUGGCACCCACUCUGGGUUAUUUGUCAGGAGAUCAAGCUCGAACUUUCUUCCUACAGUCUGGUCUUCCCACAGCAGUCCUAGCAGGCAUCUGGGCAUUGGCGGAUAUAGGAAAGGAUGGAAAGAUGGACAGAUUGGAAUUCUCCAUUGCAAUGAAACUAAUUAAACUGCAGCUGCAGGGUCAACCCCUCCCGUCCAGCCUGCCAAUCAUCAUGAAGCAGACACCUACCCAUGUUAUGACACCAUCAUUACGCUUUGGUAUGGGCUCCAUGCCAAAUCUGUCUGCCAUGUCAGUGAUGCCCAUCCUAACUGCCAUCCCCACAGCCCCUGUUAUGACCCCUUUGGUUCCUGUACCCACCGUGAUGUCAGGACCAUUGCCUCAGAUGCCCAACUCUCUCAGUGUGCCAGCUUUACCUAACGGCAAUGCAACUCUCCUCACACCAACACCAGCAUUCUCAGUCUCCAGUGGAUUGAGUAAAUCUCACUCGCUCUUGGACCUUGGCUCUAGCAGUUCUAACUCUUCCUCCACCACCUCCCUUGCAAGUAAUUCCCCCAAAAUGAAUGCAUCUGAUUGGGCGGUGCCUCAGUCAUCCCGUCUGAAAUACAGACAGCAGUUCAACAGUCUAGACAAGCUGAUGAGUGGAUACCUGUCAGGUCCCCAGGUCAGAAAUGCCCUCACAGCAUCAAACCUCACACAAACACAGCUUGCCACUAUAUGGGCUCUUGCUGAUGUAGAUCGUGAUGGGCAGUUGAGAGCGGAAGAGUUUAUUCUAGCAAUGCACCUGGUUGAUAUGGCCAAGACUGGGCGGCCCUUACCUCUGACUCUACCUCCUGACCUUGUGCCACCUUCACUCAGACAAGUGAAGUCAUGUGACCUGCUGAACGGACCUGUUCCUUUGAUUAACACUGAGCUGAUUGAGCCAGAACAUCCACAGAAAAGCAAGAGUAAUGUGUCAUUUGAGGAUAAACUAAAGGAGAAUUUCCAGAGAGGAAACACAGAGCUGGAAAAACGACGUCUGGCUCUGCAGGAGGAACAAAAGAGAGAGGAGGAGAGGAGGAGAGAAGAGGAGAGACGAGAGGAGGAGAGGAGACGACAGAAGGAGCGGGAGGAAAGAGAACAAAAGGAGAGAGAAGCCCGGGAGAUGGAGCUGAGGAGACAGAGGGAGGAGGAGAGGAGGAUGGAGAGGCAGAGAGAGCUGGAGCGACAGAGAGAAGAAGAAAGACUGAAAGAAUUAGAGCGACGAGAGGAAGCGGAGCGACAGAGGCGAAUGGAAUGGGAGAAGAGUAAACGAGUGGAGCUUCAGACACAGAGAGAAAAAGAGCAGAGUGACAUACAGAGACUUAAAGACAGGAAGAGGAGUCUCGAGAUGGAGCUGGAGGCGGUGGGUAACAAGCAUAAGCAGAUCUCUGAUAGGCUGCGGGACGCCAAGAGUAAGAGGCAGAUCCAGCGGACCGAGCUAGACUUGAUCAAUCAGAAGAGAGAUAGUCGUAUUAUAGAUAUCAAUUCUCUACAGUUGCAGUUUGAGGAAAUUCAGAGGCAGCUGAGUCAUCUUGGUCCUGAGAAGCAGCGACUGACAGAGAGACUUCUACAUCUUACCCAAAACAACUCAAGUCCUUUGAUAAAUUAUGUGAAACAGAGUUUGUGCGAGAAAGAUCUGAGCUGUCGGAAGCUGAAGGAGCAGCUGGAUGUUUUGGAGAGAGAGACCACUGUGAAACUCUCACAAAUGGAGCAGUACAACAGAGAAAUCAAGUUUGUAGAAAUGGAUGACUGUGUGCUUCAAGGACUUCUCUCUUUGCUGGGUUGCCUAACCAAUCUCUUCCUUCUAAUAAAGGAAUUGAGACAGAGGCAGAGCCAGCAGCAGGACGUCCUAGAGCAGCUCAGGAGGGUGAGAUCUGAGAAACUCAAAGAGCUACAGAGACACAGGAAAGAGGAGGAGGAGAGGAAGAGGAAGAAAGAGGAGGAGGAGAGGCAGAGGAAGAAAGAGGAGGAGGAGAGGAAGAGAAAGAAAGAGGAGGAGGAGAGGCAGAGGAAGAAAGAAGAGGAGGAGAGGAAGAGGAAGAAAGAGGAGGAGGAGAGGCAGAGGAAGAAAGAGGAGGAGGAGAGGAAGAGGAAGAAAGAGGAGGAGGAGAGGAAGAGGAAGAAAGAGGAGGAGGCUGCCAGACAGGUGAAGCUGGAGCAGGAGGAAGCAGAGCGUCAGAGGAUGCUUGCCCAGGAGCGAGAAGCCAAACUCAGGGAAGAACAGCAGCGUCAGGCCCAAGCCCGACUUCAGGAAGCCCAGGAGCAGGCUCGAGAGAAAGAGGAGAAGAGGAGGGCGGAGGAGAGACAGAGGGAGGAGAAGGAAGGAGAAAGGAAUGAACUGGCUCUACACACUCAGCCCUCCAUGACAUACAAUAUCACAGAGAACAAAAGCUUGCAGCCAGUGGUGACUACUGAAGCUACAUGUGCUGCCCUCACCACCUACAGAGCUCUCUAUCCCUUCACCGCACGCAACUCUGACGAGCUCACACUGGAGGCAGACUGUCUGAUCGAGGUAGAUGAAUCGACAGUUAGAGAGACCGGCUGGCUGUAUGGGAGUUACUGUGGUAACAGCGGCUGGUUUCCAGAGAGUUAUGCUGAGAGAUGCAGUAAAGACACUCAGACUGAACCGACUGCAGCCGAUUCACAAUCCACGGCUCCCUCUACCAGCUACCCUGGAAUUCCUCGGGUGGACAUAGAAGGACCAACACCAACACACACACCAGCGUCUUCAAACACACAACACUCACAGGCUGUAGCUCUGUGUGAAUGGAGCGCUAUGACUGACAGUCACCUGGGCUUCUCUAAAGAUGACGUCAUCACGGUUCUGGAGAAGCAGGAGAACUGGUGCUACGGAGAGCUCAACGAGAGCCGGGGCUGGUUCCCUUGCUCAUAUGUCUCCAUGGUUAUCACCAAUAACACACAGACUGAGCCGUUGCUUUCUACUGUGGAUGAGAUAGAAGUUUCAGAUUCUGGUCCUUUUGAGGAGUAUGUGGCUCUGUACACAUAUGAGAGUCCAGAGUCAGGUGACCUGACGUUCUGCACGGAUGAUGUUGUCCUGGUAACAGAGAGGGAAGGAGAAUGGUGGAGAGGGUGCAUCGGUGACCAGUCUGGCCUCUUCCCUUCCAACUACGUUAAACCCAAAGAGCCUGAUACUGCCAAUCCUGGAGUUCCCGGUAAAAAGCCAGAGAUUGCUCAGGUGACUACAGCCAGUGCUGCCAAAACACCAGAACAACUGAGUCUGACACCUGGUCAGCUUAUUGUGGUGCUGCAUAAGAACUCUAACAGCUGGUGGCUGGGUGAACUACAGGCACGGGGUAAAAAGCGUAAAAAGGGCUGGUUCCACUCCUCUAAUGUCAGAUUACUGGAAGCUAACAGCGGAAAAAUAACUCCAGCAUCUCAGCCAUUGUGUCAGGUUAUUGCAAUGUAUGACUACAAAGCAGCCAAUAAGGAUGAAAUGAGCUUCCAAAAAGGUCAGCUGAUCACCGUACUCAACAAGGACAACCCUGACUGGUGGAAAGGAGAGGUCGCUGGGGUCAUAGGGCUGUUUCCAACUAAUUAUGUGAAGAUGACCACAGAAUGUGAUCCCAGCCAGCAAUGGUGUGCUGAUCUGCUCAGUUUAGACACUAUGUGCACUGAGGAGAGGAAGAGGCAAGGCUACAUCCAUGAGCUCAUUCAGACAGAAGAGUCCUAUCUGGAGGACCUGGAGCUGGCACUAGAGGUGUUCUAUAAACCAAUGGCAGAGUCAGGGCGGCUAACGGAGGCUGAGAUGAGCAUGAUCUUUGUGAACUGGCGGGAACUGAUCAUGUGCAGCACCAAACUCCUAAAAGCUCUGCGUGUCCGUAAGAAGAUGGCUGGAGAGCGGAUGCCCGUGCAGGUGGUGGGGGAUAUUCUGUCCUCAGAGCUCUCUCACAUGCAGGCCUACAUUCGCUUCUGCAGCUGCCAGCUCAAUGCUGCGGCCCUGCUGCAGCAGAAAACAGACAAAUCACCUGACUUCAAACUCUUUCUGAAGAAAAUUGCCAGUAAUUACCGCUGUAAAGGAAUGCCACUGUCCAGCUUCCUCCUGAAACCCAUGCAGAGAAUCACACGCUACCCACUGCUGAUCAAGAACAUUCUGGAGAAUACCCCUCCAACUCACGCAGAUCACGCAAACCUGCGGGCGGCGCUGGAGCAGGCCGAGGAGUUGUGCUCACAGGUGAACGAGGGUGUGAGAGAGAAGGAGAACUCUGACCGGUUGGAAUGGAUCCAGAACCAUGUGCUGUGUGAUGGAGUCAUUGAGCACCUCGUAUUUAACUCUUUGACGAACUGCCUGGGCCCUCGAAAAUUGCUGCACAGCGGCAAACUACAUAAGACCAAGAGCAGCAAGGAGCUUUGGGCCUUCCUGUUUAACGACUUCCUGCUCCUCACCUACACCUCCAAACAGUUCUCAUCUGGGCCUGACAGACUCUUCAACCCCAACUCAAAUGCACAGUACAAGAUGUAUAAAACGCCAGUGUUUCUGAAUGAGGUCUUGGUAAAAAUGCCCUCUGACCCUUCCAGUGAUUAUCCAGUUUUUCACAUCUCACACAUUGAUCGCGUUUACACUCUUAAGGCUGACACCAUUAAUGAGAGGACUACAUGGGUACAGAAGAUCAAAGCAGCAUCUGACAACUUCAUAGAGACUGAGAAGCUGAAAAGAGAGAAAGCAUACCAAGCUCGCUCGCAGAAGAACAGUGGAAUCGGGCGACUGUUAGUAACGGUCCUGGAGGCGACAGAGUUGAAGCCCUGCAAACCAAACGGGAAGAGUAACCCAUACUGUGAGCUAACGAUGGGUGCUCAGUGCUACACGUCCCGCCAUCAGCCCGACACACUCAACCCCAAAUGGAACUUCAACUGCCACUUCUUCAUAAAAGACCUGUAUCAGGACGUCCUCUGUCUCACCAUCUUUGAGAGGGACCAGUUCUCUCCCGACGAUUUUCUAGGUCGUACUGAAGUUCCUGUAGCAACAAUAAAGAAGGAUCAAGAUGGUAAAGGUCCACUGGCACGUCGUCUGCUGCUUCAUGAAGUUCCAACUGGAGAGGUCAAAGUGCGGCUUGACCUGCAGCUUUAUGAUCAAACACCUCAACCAUGAACUCCACAUCUGUUUCAUUAGCACUACAAUAUUUAACAGACCACUUAAUACAAGUUUAUUCAUUGGUGUUAAUUUGUAAAAGUAUAGGAGUGACUCGGUACACUUUUGAUAUGAAAAAGGUGAACCACUUAGCAUAUGUUUAUAUGCAGUGAAAUAGAAGCUGGUAGUCUCAUUUACUCUCACAGAUGCUUGAUGUUGUAUAAUGAGAAACAUUGGGUAAUAACAUGAUGAUUUGUUUGGGACAGGAACUGGUUUUUACUUUCGAAUUUGUACAUUUUAAAAAUGUAUUAGUAAUCUGUACUGUUGCUUCCUAAGUAUAAAAAGACUCAAAUUAUGUCACUGAAAUUGCUACAGUUCAGUAAUUUGUUGAUUCCACAAAGCCAAUCAUACAUAUGCUUCCCUAACCUCUUUCCGGUUUAAUUGUUUUAUUAUUAAAUACUGAAACACAGUUUUAAAAACACUGUAAUAUAUUUAAUUAUAUAAAGACCAAAUUAUAUAUAAUGUUAUCUAAAAUUUUGUGACGCAACACAAAUUAUGCUUUAACUUCUCAAUUGUACAAAUUUAGGGAAGAUUUAUAAAAUCUUUAAGAAUGUAUAAUAUGGGUCUUAUGAUUUUCCUAUGAUGAUUUUAAUAAUAGCAUUUGGUUUUAUGAACAGACUGGGUCUGGAUGUUGUACAUUUGAGUUGUUGAUGAUGAAUGUCGAAAGUUAUUGUGUUAUUUUUUCUUUGUUAUGUUAUUUGUUUAAUAUAUAAAACGUCUAUGGGAAUAGAUUAUUGUAUGGUUUUGGGUGUAAUUCAUUUACUGUAUAACAAAGACAAAAAAACAACAACAGAAUAUU